ACAUACACAUCCUUCCCCUUCCCCCAUUUCCUUCUCCUUCUCCUUUCUUUCUUUCAAGAUAUUUGGUUCAUCGGAGCUCUGCCUCUGCACCAAACUUUUCUUGAUUCCUUCACACUCUUCGGUGAAUCUCCUUUGGUUCUUGUUUUCAGCACCAAAGUUUGAAUCCUUUUCACGCUAGGGUGACUCUGUCGGAACAACAAGUCACCAUUUUUUCCAUUGGACAAGUGAUAAUUAUCAGAAAGUUCAUUUUAAAUGUCCGACAAAUUUUUAUUAAUGUUUGAGAUUCAUGUAUCAAAUUCUCAGUGAAAUCUUCUUUUCUGGGUGUAUGAUCAAUUCCACUGUUAGGCGCAGGACCCAUUUAGUUCAAUCAUUCUCAGUUGUCUUCCUUUACUGGCUCUACUAUGUCUCAUGAUUCCUGUUUCCCCUGUUUUUUCUGAUCAUAGUUAAGGCUUUGUUUUUUUUUCCUCUUAUUUUCUGCAAUUCUUUUUUCUGUUUUGUGUCUGGGUCCUGCGAUUAAGUAUUAGCUUUUGAUUUUGAGUCGUAUUGUAAGUUUAUCUAUGGCUUCUUCAAGCGGAACAUCUUCAGGGUCUUCGAUGAUUCAGAACUCUGGUUCAGAGGAGGAGUUGCAGGCGCUGAUGGAUCAGAGGAAGAGGAAGAGAAUGAUAUCAAACCGUGAAUCUGCAAGGAGAUCUAGAAUGAGGAAACAGAAGCACCUUGAUGAGCUCGCUGCACAGGUAGCUCAGCUCAGGAGCGAGAAUCAACAGAUGCUCACAUCGCUCAACCUCACCACACAACGAUUCAUGAUCAUUGAUGCAGAGAACUCUGUUCUCAGUGCUCAAAUGGGUGAACUCAGCCACAGGCUAGAGUCCUUGAAUGAGAUCAUCGACUUUGUGAAUGCCACCAAUGGUGUUUUUGCUGCAAACUCCUUCGUGGACCCCAUCCCCAGUGCUUACUAUCUGAACCACCCCAUCAUGGCUUCUGCAGAUAUAUUGCAGUACUGAUAUAAAGAAGAUCUAUUAGGCUUAACUUAAUUCAUGUGUUUCAGAAACAGAGAAAAAGAGGGUUUUGAUGGUUUCUUUUUAUGUUUGAGUCUGUUAGACAUUGUCAUCAGUACUAGAGUAAUCAAUCACUGCUAGGUAGUGAGUGUGUGGGGAAUAAUGAUGAUUGUGUAAUGUGUCAUAAAGAGGGUAAAGCUUGUUGGGUGCUGCUUUCUGGAAAUGGGGCCUGUAUUGUUCUGAAAUCAGGCUAUUAAGGUUUUUUUUUUGAUCAGAGGCUAUUAAGGUUGUAUGAGUUAAAGCCAAUGUUAAUGUUGUUGUUCUCCUUUGCUAUAUUAAUGUAAUGUAAUGAUAUUUGACCUA